AUGGGGCUCAAACCCCAAGUGAGCCUUGUCUCCAACCCCACUUCUUGGGCCUGGGGGCCUGGCUACUGGAUACCUUCAGCUUCAGAGCACCCUUCGGGGCCCAUGGAGGGGCCGCCUGCGUCCGAGUCCGCCUUGUGGCCCCCGCUGCCCUGCGGGGCCUGCAUCCCCAUCAUGCUGGCCCUGGCCUCUCUCGCCGCCCUUUUCCUGGUGACCACAGCGGUGCUGGCCGAGCGCCUGUUCCGCCGCUCCCUCCGGCGACGUCAACAGGCCGACUACCACCCUCCGACGCUGGUCUGGCGCCCAGGAGGAGAGCUUUGGAUCGAGCCCACGGGCACCCCCCGAGAGCGCUCUGAGAACUGGUACGGCUCGACCACCCACCUGCUGAUGGACCAGGGCCCAGAGCCUCCCGCCCCUGGGGGCACCUUGGAGGCCCAAGCCACGGCACCCCCUGCCCCUUUCACCCCACAGCCCCCACCCAGCUCCGUGGUCUCGCAGACGCCAGCCCAGGCCCCCAGCCCCAGCACCUUCUGGGUGCCUCAACCUUGGGAGGAAAGGCCUCACAACGCAGGCAUGGUGAGCUGGGCCGGGCCUGAGCCGAGGCCAGCGGGCAGUGUGUAUCUGGCCAGCCCUCGGGCCCAGAGGCCUCGUCGGCCAGGGAGCCCUGAGCCCGACUGGAGCCUUCAGCCUCGGGUCACUCUCGAGCAGAUCUCCGCUUUCUGGAGGCGUGAAGGCCGGGCCAGCGUGGGCUUCUAGAGACCCCCAGAGACCCCCAAGGAAGGCCCUACCAAAGGGCUGAAGCGUGAGGCCAUUCUAGGUCUUUUACUUCUGGACCUUGGUGCCCUGGGGCCUGGACGGUGGACAGGCUGGGUGUGUGGCAGAGCCUGGGCAGCAGGGGAGGGGUCCCGGUCCUUCUGUUUGGCUGCCCGAAGCUGUAGCUCAUGGAACGGGAGUAGGGUGGGCCAGAGUCGCGAAGACCAUGUUCCAACUGAAGACCUCAGGGUGCUAGACAGGCAGGAAACGGCUUCAGCCCCAGCAGCGGCUUCUGGCUUUCUUCUGUCUGCACCUAAGGUCCCCACUGUCAGAGUCAAGGUCUCCCAGGCGCUAAGGAGCAGACUGAAGGUGCUGAUGACAAACGCCGGCGUGUUCGUAGGACACAUUCAAGGACAGAGGGGAGCAAAAGGGACUGGAGCUGUCCCACGCCAACAUGACCAGGCACAGGGCCACGGGCUUACACGGGACUGCGGUUAGGACCCCUGGAUUGCAGGGAAGGACUUGAUGCGUCCAGUAGUAAGGGCUCCUCUUACCUGGAGGUGGGCCUUGACAACAAAGUCCAUUAGGCUGUCUCUGCCCCGCCUCCUAAGGCCUCACCUGCAUCUCAGCCUUCCUGGUGAGGGAGGCUGAGCCCUGAGAACUGAGAUGGAGCCAAUGCAGACAGCAGCCCCGUCCCUCGGCACGGCAGAUCCUCAAACGUGGUGUCCGGGCUGUCCUCCCACUGAGCCUGCUGGAGUGGUCCGGAGAGACAGUGUUGUCCUGGGACAGGUCUACUUAUAAUGCUCCACCCUGAAAAAAAAUGGUACCCAAAAUGCCCUUGGCGCUACUAGCCAUCUCUAUCAGCUGACCUCGUCCUCGGAGCGGAGCCAGGAGGAUGGGGGGCAGGGGGCUGUUUCCAUUCCCUGGUCUGUUUUCCCCAAACCUCCGUCGUGCCAGGCUCUCUGCCAUAUCCCAUUGCCACCUGUACUAUUAUUUACUUUCUGUUUUCCUUUACAUUGGCUUGUUGUUUGCCUAAUAAAUCUAUUUUAAACGGGAA